CCCCUCCUUCCCGGGGCGGCGUGCCGAGGCUUCGUGCCCAUAAAAUGGCGACAUGCACCGGGGCUGGCCCAGCCAAGGGGCAGGGCACCACGGGAAGGUGGCGGCGGGUUGGGAGAGGGCAGCAGCCCCGGAGGGUCCGCGGUCGCGGUGCUGACAGUGCCCACCGUGGGGCGGUGGGUUUCCGAGGAGGCGUUCCCGCAGGCGAGGAGAUGAUCAGGACAAGAAACUAGUCUAGAUCCAGUAAGCUGGAAGAAAUGGAGGAAAGGAAAAUCAAGAGGAGGAGCCCCAAAUCGUCUACCAGUCAUCCUGCUCAGGUUGCUAGCUCCAAGAAGAGCUCUGUGCCAGUCAGUAAAAGCAUAGCCUUUUCAAACCCUGCGCCACAGCCUGCCGUACAAAAGCCAAAGUUAAAACGUGUAAUAAAAGAGAAAGCCAAACCUCCAGGAGAUGAGGCAAAAGGGGCACAGGCAGCACCAAUCCAGCACUCUUUUCUCACAGAUGUGUCAGAUGUCCAAGAAAUGGAAAGAGGACUUCUGAGUCUCCUGAAUGACUUCCACUCUGGCAAACUUCAAGCAUUUGGAAAUGAAUGUUCCAUCGAGCAGAUGGAGCACGUGCGGAGCAUGCAGGAGAAACUCGCUCGCCUCAAUCUGGAGCUCUAUGGGGAAAUGGAAGAACUCCCUGAAGACAAAAGAAAACUGGCCAGUGACUCCAACCUGGAUAGGCUGCUGUCAGAUCUAGAAGAACUGAAUUCAUCUAUCCAAAAACUACAUUUAGCAGAUGUUCAAGAUAUUCCAAAUGGUACCACAGGCUGAAAGGAGAGCUUUGCCACUUUGGGUUCUCCCAGAAGCUGUUUUCUUCCCUGAGAAUGGAAUCUGAAACAAUUAUGGGUUUGGGGUAUUCUUUUUGUUGUUGCUGUUUGAAGUAAUUUUAAGCAAUGCAGAAUCCAAGUGCAAAUACAAGUGAUUAUUUUUGCAGAGUCCUCUUUGAGCACUGUGUUAUGUCAGCACUCAGUGUCUAGAGUUUUAAGUGGGUGAUUGUGGCACUGCUUUUUAUUAUUGCCUUAUUUAACAGAAACACUGGGGAAAUGUGGAAGUCCAUCUCUCAGUGGUGUAUGGUUGAAAAUUAUAUAUAUAUAUAAGCAGCUCAUCAGGAUUUCUCCAGUAUUUAUAAAGGCAGCAAUGAUGUUGCCUUUCUGCUCAGUAUGUGGACACCUGCAUACUGUGUCUUCAGUGUUCUCCUGGUCAGUGAUGCCACAGAUCAUGAAAAAUAAAUUUAAGUAAAAUGUGAUUCUUUGUUUAGAGCUGUGUUAAGAGAGGAGUUCUUGCAUGGCCCUGAAUGUUUGCAGAGUUCACUUUUUACAUUGCUGUGAGUACUUGCAAAACAUCACUAAAUUAAAACCAGCAUGCAUGCUAGCAGUCCACAUAAGUAGUGUGAAAUUACAUAAUUGGGUAAAAACAGUUCUUGUUCAAUAAAUCAAAUAUAUGCAAAGUUGUAGCCACAGCUAUGUUAUAAGUAGUCUGAUAUUAACUGGUUUCAUCUUUGUAUUCACAGGCAGAACAAAGGUGUGUAAAAACCAGGCUGGUUUUAGAUUAAAAUAUCUCUGUUGUGGUCCA